AUGCCCCGGCCCAGGGGUGUAUUGAAAAACUAUUUAGUAGUCAAAGAAGUCGGAGAUGUGAAAUCCGGAAACGGUCGGUCGAUAGACGAGUUGCGGGGGGUCCUGCUCUAUUGUCCCACCAAGGACAUGCUGGCAGAUUUCUUCUCCAAGCCACAACAAGGCAGCUUGUACGCACGCUUCCGCGACAUGGUAAUGGGCAUCACGCCAGUACCACCCGUGGAAGAUCCCUCCUUGACUUGCCCGACAUCUCAGGAACGGCCGGGAAAUAGAAAUUUAGCAUACAAUUCUUGGGAGUAA